AUGUCCGAACGCGCCACCAGCUUGAAAGCCGCCACCGCCAAGAAAAUCGCCAAGCCCAAGUCUGCCACCUGUCCAAAACUCGGUGUAAUUGCGACCAUCGCCGCUGCUUUGACCGCUCAAGGCGGGAAUGACAGAGAGUUAACGCCUGAAGCCUACAAGUUGCUUCAUGGAUUGUGUCGAGCGAAGCAGGAUUGUUCGAGUAGUGCCCCCGAUCUCAACACUUCAAUAACUUCCAUCAUGCAGCUCAACAAUCGUAUGCAGGUCAUGGAAUCUUGGAAAAAGAAUCAUGUCAAAGCCAAGCUGCUCAAAAUCGACUACCUUUGGGGAGCAUAUAGCCAACAGCAUCCAGCUGAUGCCCAAGCGGCCGAGGCAACAAUUGACUCGAUCUGCCAAUCUACCCGAGCGAAACGUCAGGCAAGACGUCAGUUGAAUGAGGAAGUGAUUGGUGAGAUGGAGGUGGGAGGUAAUGGCGAGGAAGAUGAACCCCCUCUAGAAGAGGCACCACGCACUGGUGGAGUCAAAACCAGAGGAAAGCCCAAAUCCAAAGCCAGCGCAGCAUCAUCUUCCAAGUAG